GUCGCUUAAUAGGUUUCAACAACUCCUGACAUGUACAGCAGUCAAAUAAAAGGGAACAGAGGAAAAUUAAACCAAAGUUAAAGUUAUAAAAUAUAUACCUUAUUAUGUGUUAUUUUUUGUAUUGAACAUAGCUGCAUAUCAGCUAAGGCUUAGUCACGUACCAGGAAGACAUAAUGGAUAUCUUAAAAAAGGGGUGAAAAUUACCUUUGUUAUGACAAGAAAAAGUGCUGACCCAGCGAAAGCUAGUAUGUAGCUAUGUUCAAUCAAUAAAAUAAAACAAAUAAUAAAGUAUAUGUUUUUACAAUUUUCCAUAUACAUUUUUAAAUACAAAUUGUUGCAGUUCAAAUUGAAUAAGAAAGCUUAAUUGGGAACAGAUCUACACAUGAAAAUGUCUUCAUCUAAGUUUCUAAGCUGUGAUGGACAUUUUGACUUCAUCAUGGACAUGCUUGUCAAGCAACGAAGCAAUAGACGUUAUUGUGAUGUCACAUUGGUAGCCGAAGGUCAAAAAUUUCCUGCACAUCGAGCAAUUUUAGCUGCAAGUAGCAAAUAUUUUGACACUAUGUUUAGUAGUCAGAUGAAAGAGGAAUUUGAAAGAGUGAUCAAAAUAAAAGAAGUAACAAAAGUUGCAAUGGAGCAAGUGAUCACUUUCAUUUAUACGAACAAAAUUUUAUUAUCAGAGGAAAAUAUUGAUGAAGUUUUGCAUGCAGCUUCACUGAUGCAAGUACAAGGUGAUAUUUGACAUAAUUUUCUUGGUAAGGGAAUAAACGA